AAGCCUGCACUGCUGUCGCCAUCGCAGAAAAAGGCCAAUCACAUCCAAUCGGAGCAGAAGCGCCGAGCAAACAUCCGUAAGGGCUACGAGGCCCUGUGUGAGGCUGUGCCAGCGUUGCGGGAAGCAAUACGGACGGAGGAAGAACGAGGAUCUUGCGCAGCGCGCGCUGAAGACGAUAAUCGCAAACGGAAAAAGAAGGCAAAGAGUAGCGAGGAGACAGAGAAGCCAGAUGGCAGAGCAGGCCCGAAGAGCGAGAAUUUUGUCUUGCAACAGACAAUCGACCAUCUGAACGCGCUGCUGACUGAGCGCACGAAGCUUAUGGCACGUCUCAACCAAGCCCGAGCCACCCUUUCACCUGGGCAUCCAGCGCUGCAAUACCCUCCGAAUCAUCUCGAUGACAAGGGCAUACCGCUGUGGGAACGCGAGUGGACUGGCGGUACGGGCUGGGGAGACGCGGAGGAUGACGCGGGAGAUGACGAGCUGUGA